AUGUUAUCAAGGAUGGGCUUUUCAAUCAAGGAGUGUCGAUUAUUGGGGUUUUCGGCGUUCAAUGUAUCGCUCAGAAGAGGGUUUAGAACCAGCUUUAGUGCCGGUAAGAAUAGUAGAGCCCGAGAUGUUAUAAAACUUCUAAAUUCGACCUCUCUGACGCAGAAAGAACGUGAACAGGGCCAUUGGAAGCGUGACUUACGCUUACCAGAAUGGAAACGGCAGAAAUUUGCCUUGAAAGAGAAAUUAGGCAAUCAAGAAUGGAAACCUCUAAAGAAAUUAUCGAGAGAGCAAAUGGAGAGCGUGAGACUCUUGAAACGCCAGUUCCCAGAUAUGAGCGCAAAACAGCUGGGGGAUCAGUACAAAGUGUCUCCAGAAGUUAUCAGACGUAUUUUGAAGUCUACAUGGGAGCCUACAGAAGAAGAAAUGGUCGAUAUUCAGGCGCGAUGGAAACGGCGAGGUGAACGUAUGAACGAUAUGAUGGAACAGCCGUCCGAGAGAAAGAUCGUGAUUGGUUCGUCGCGAAGUUCGGCCAAUUUGAUGGUUAAAGAGGUCAAAAAACGGCAUGUAUCGUCUUCAAAUUUCCGAGACAACAAGACCACCGGUCCUACACAAACGAAAAGCCGCAAGAAACUACAGCUGUUGGCGCGGUUGAUAAAAUAA